AUAUGAAUUUGAGCCAACAAAUAUCGAAAUAAAUAACGCAUGGAACACUGCCUUUAAUAAUAUCGUCAAUCACGUCAUUUAAUGACGUUUAACGUCGAUUUGUAACUUUUAAAUUAUCCAGUGAAUAUUCAAACAUAUAAAAAAUGGCGUAUUUAAAUGAAAGUCAUCCGGAAGUAUUUUUUACUAUACCGCGACCUGGAGGAAUCGCAAAAAUCGAAUUACCACCGGAAGCGCAAAUCGAUAGCAGAGGAAAAUCCUCCAGAACUACUAUAGCAUCAAGAAGGUCUAUUAGAUCCAGAUCUUCCAGAUCAAAAAGUGCUGCUUUCGAAAGCUUUUUCCAAACGCCUGUUGGGGGUACGACUCGAGAAUUCCGCGUAACAACUGCUAUGAUAUCGUCUCCGUGGGCGUUGUUUGAUGAUACAUUCGAAGAAUUUCCGAAACCACCAAAUCCCGCCCAAGACGUCAUAGAUCUUUUAGCGAUUACUAUAAGUACCAUAAUGCUUUUGGCCGCUGGUCAUGAUAGCAUCCCAAUAGAACAUCAAAGAUGGACUUUGAGCUAUUUGGAGAACAUCAGGGACGAAUUUGGAAACAAUCCUCCAAAUGUAACUGGAAUUAUAAAUCAUUUAAAAAUGACAAAUUCGGAACUGGAAUCAUUUAAUGAUAAAGACAACGUUAGUAUAGUAGAAGAUGAAAAAGAAGAAGAAGAAGAAGUUGUAGCAGAAGAAGAAGCAGCAUAAUAACAUAUCUCCACAUUUUCUUAUAAUGAUAAAUAUAUUGAGCAUUUUCAUUCAUUAAAAAUAAAUAAAUUAAAAACAAAA